AUGGAAAAGUCUACAUUUCCUUUAAAUCCUUCUAUUUGUUUUGAUAUUUCAUACAUUAAAAAUUUUUUAAGAUUUAGUCGAGCACAAUUAGAUGAUACUAUUACAUUUCAUUUAAAUUCUCUUUCUAUAGAAAAGCCAUUUAUUUCAGAAUCAUUAAAAACAAAACCUCUUCAAUUAGAUGUUAAUUUGCAACCAGAUACAAAAACAUGUUUAUCAUUUAUUCAUCAAGUUUUUAAUGUAUGGGAGACACGCUCUUCUCUUAUUUCAUAUUGUCAAUCGGUAGCAGUUAAAAUGGAAGAUUCAUCUACAUCUAAUACAUCAUUUAUAUCAUCAUCAGUAGAUACUCGUAAAGAUCCAUAUUCAGGAAGAACAUGUAUUCAUGAAACGAAACAAAGAAUGCUUCAAAAUAUCUUAAAUAUGGAAGAACGGGUUGAACACGUAGUUAGGAAUCAUUCAUGGGAACGUAUUGUUCGUCGUUGUGGAUUUCUUCAAUUACCAGAAACAUAUCAAACAGCAAUGGAUAAUUGGCAUGAAAAAUACAUAAAAGAUAAGCCACUUGAUACAUCUCAUCUUACAUAA